CACCAGAGGCUGCCUUCCCCGGCCCGGUCAGGGAGGAAGGGUUCCACAGCACGGAGGACCCUCCCUCCCUUCCGUACGGGGUGGGCUGAUGAGAGGGAGGCAGCCAGCCCUGGGCGCCGGCCCGCCUUCUCCUUCCCCCUGGAGUUCCUCAGGGGGUUCCCUAAAGUCCAGAGGUGCCCCACACACCCGCCUCGGCCUCCUGGGGGCCAAUGGAGUCCCUCUUGCCCAGACAUGACAAGGCCUUGGGACUCUCCCUGCCAAGCCCUGGCUGAGGGGACUCCCUAGCAACAGAACACAGAACCCUGGGCUUGGGGCAGCAGGGCGGGGCUGGCCGUUGCUUGGUGAUGACCUUCCAGGCCAUUCCCCACAGAGGCCCCAGGGCUCUGGGCGGUAACAUGGUGGGCUCAGGGAUCCCGGCGUUGGGCCUUUUCCUGCUGAUGCAGGGCUCAGUAGAUGGGAAUGGAAUCCAGGGAUUCUUCUAUCCAUGGAGCUGUGAGGGAGAUGUGUGGGAUAGGGAGAGCUGUGGGGGUCAGGCGGCCAUCGAAAACCCCAACCUCUGUCUGCGCCUUCGAUGCUGCUACCGAGAUGGCGUCUGCUACCACCAGCGUCCGGAUGAGAACAUGCGCAGGAAGCACAUGUGGGCCCUGGGCUGGACCUGUGGUGGCCUGCUCUUCCUGAUCCUCGUCAUCUGCCUGUUCUGGUGGGCCAAGCGCCGGGACAUGCUGCACCUCCCACCGUUUCUGAAGGGCAAAUGCGACCUGUCGAGGACAGUUUCGCUGCUGUCCAAGGACCGAGCGUCAAACGAGAAGAAGUCAUCUGCAGGCAGCAUGCAAACCCCUGGGGAGGGCGGGGAGACGGAAGGGGAAGCGACGGAAGGGGGCGAGGAAACAGAGGAGGGGGGAGACUAGGGUCCUCCCCGGGGGACCCUUCAAUAUAGAUAUGGCAUCUA